AUGCCUGUCUACCCCUAUCCAAAGCUUCCGUCUAAGGGGACCACUACCCGCAUGAUUCGCCUUUUACCUCAAAAGGAAAAGAAGACCCAUAUCGAUUGCGAGCUGUUUACCUAUGACCUAUCAGAUACGGCUGAUCGAAAACACCGGUAUGAGGCGCUUUCAUACGUAUGGGGUAGUGGUAUGAAACCCCACUCGAUUCGUUUGAAUGGCUGCGAAUUCCCGGUGACAGAAAACCUCCACGCAGCUCUCUCCCAGCUUCGCGAUGUCAACUUUGAGAGAAUACUAUGGGUCGAUGCGAUCUGCAUCAACCAGGAGAACGAUGAGGAGAGAGCCCAGCAGAUCCAGAUCAUGCGCACCAUCUACGGGCAAGCCAAGUGUGUCAUCGUCUGGCUCGGAGAGGCCGCGAACGGUGGCGACCAGGCGCUUGAGAGCAUUCGCCAACUGGCAGAACAUAAUGAGCUAGAGGAAAGAGUGGCUAGUGCGCAGACACUGGAAACGAGCUAUGAUUUUUGUCGGCCAUUGCUACAGCGGGAUUGGUUUCGCCGGAUCUGGGUGCUUCAGGAGGUCGGGCUAGCGAGAUGUGUCUGCAUCGUGUGUGGUCCCAUCGAAGUCAACGGAUAUGCAUUCUGUGAAGGCCUCGGCCGAUUACCGCUUCCUGUUUCUGCGUGGGAGCGGAUGCGUCCUGUCAUCCAUCUUAUCAGAGGGGCCAUCUUUCGGCCACAGUAUCAGCUGCAUUCUCGCGGAGACUACUCAGUCGGUCAACUGAUGGACAUGUAUCGCUUCCAUGAUGCCACCGUACCGCAUGACAAGCUCUAUGCGUUACUGGGUCUGUGUUCCGAUGACCCCAAUGCACCUGGUUUGAAGCCCAACUAUCGCCUUCCGUGGCAUGAAGUCUUUGCGCAGGUCGUUGCCUACAUCCUCUCACGAGAUUGUGCCGUGGAGACCUGGCCCGAACAAGAUACAGCGGUCAUCAAGGGACAGGGGUGCAUUUUGGGUCAGAUUGAGGGAGUCGAAGACGGCAGCUCCGACAAUGGCCAACAACGCAUUGAUGUCUUCUUUACCAAAGCGGGCCAGGAAAUGGGUUAUGAAAGUAGGUGGGGAUCGCACUGGGUUGUCCAAGCUUCUCCGGUCUCGAUCCAAAAAGGCGAUAUCGUCGUCCUUUUGCGAGGAGCGGCAAUGCCCAGCAUCAUGAGGGUCUGCAGGGACCACUUUACGAUCAUCAUUAUCGCCGCGAAACCUCUACAGAGGAAAGACUUGGGGAAUCAGGAACCAGACGAUCCCCCGGGCACACGUGUCCUGGAGCAUCCUUUGCAUCACCUGCUUCUUACAUGGGAGUUAGCUCCCCCGGGCCAGGCAAAGACAGCGGCCAAGACCUCUCUGACAAAGUUGCCGAAAGAGAUCGCCCUCGAGGUAUUGAAGGUGAAAGAUUCCCCUGGCUCAGCAAUGGAACGCUUACUUCUUCAAAUCGCAUCCCACACCCCGAUUACUGAGAAUGUGGUGAAGGCGGUAGCAGGGACUACUGCGGGUUAUGCGUCCGACAUCAUGGAUAGCUUCUUCAAAUACCGCGGAGAGAGCCUAUCGAUUUCUGAAGAGGUAGUGAAGGCAGUAGCAGGGAAUACUGGAAAUCAUGCUCUUGAGAUGUUCAAGCUCUUACUCCGGUAUCGAGGGGAUCGUCUGUCAAUCUCCGAAAAAGUGGCCAAAGCAGCGGUAGCGAACAAAGGACCUGGGGCACCAAGGAUUGUCGAACUCCUACUUCGGGACCAACAGGACCUAUGUAUCUCUGAGGAGGUGGUCAAGGCAGCAGCAGGGAACCUUGGAACGCAUGGGCUGGAAAUUAUGGAGCUUCUCUUCCAAUACCGAGGGGUUGAUAUCCCAAUGUCUGAAGAUGUCGUCAAAGCAGCAGUCUCGGAGGAGAACAGAAAGUACGGACCUGAAUUACUUAACGUCCUUUUCCAGCACCAUGGAGACCGGCUGCCUGUGCCAGAAAGCGUGGUCAUGGCAGCAGCAGGAAACACAAAUUUUCACGUCGAUGAGAUUUUUGAGAUCCUCUUUCGAUAUCGGGGAGACAACCUGCCAAUGUCUGACAAUAUGGUCAACGCCAUAUUAGGGUUAAAUAACCGUCAAAGCCCUGACAUCAUGAGAGUUAUUCUUCAGCACCGGCAAGACAGCUUAACAAUCUCGGAAGACAUGAUGAAGGUGGUAGCAGGGAAAGAACUUUAUGGAGCAGGAUUGAUGAUGUUCUUCCUCGAAAGCCAAGGAGACAGCUUACCAAUCUCUGAAGCCGUCGUUAGGGCCGCUGCAGAGAACACCAGCUAUGAUGCCCAUGAGAUCAUGGAUGUUCUUCUUCGUUAUCGGGGAGAUCGUCUCUCAAUUCCGGAAGAUAUGGUCCAGUUACUCUUACGGAGUCAUGAGAGUAAUGCAGUUACAAAAUUGGACGUCAUCUUUCAGCACCGAGGGCGGAGUCUUUUAGUCUCUGAAGAGUUAGUUAAGACCGCGGCCGGAAAUACCGGCUAUAAUGGACACAAGAUCAUGGAUGUCGUUCUUCGACACCGUGGAAAGGACCUGCCCAUCUCUGAAGCGGCGGUCGAGGCAGCUGCAGCAAAUACUGGAAGAGCUGGUCCUGCAAUUAUCAAGCUCCUGUUUCAACACCAAGGAGAAAGCCUACCAAUUACCGAGGCUAUAGUGAAGGCAGCCGCAGGGAACCCUGAAAGAGGUGGUCCUGCAAUUAUCGAGCUCCUGUUUCAACACCAAGGAGAAAGCCUACCGAUUACCGAGGCUAUAGUGAAGGCAGCCGCAGGGAACACUGGUUUCAAUCAGGGCAAGAUUAUGGAUGCUCUCUUACGACACCGGGGAGAAAGCGUACCGAUCUCUGAAGACGUGGUCAAGGCCACCAUUAUGAACCCAAGCCCUAACAGCGUCAAUAAUAUGAAAAUCCUUCUUCAGCAUCGGGGAGACAGCCUACCAAUCUCUGAAGAUGUCGCCAAGUUGGCCGCAGGAACUGAACCGUAUCAUGGGCUACUAAUUUUCGAGCUUUUCCUCAAGCAUCUAGGGGACAGAGUACCUAUCACCGAGGAUGUGAUCAAAGCAGCUGAAUCAUCAGAGAUCAUAGAUUUCGUCUGUGGCUUUAUGCAGCUCUUCUUGCGGUACCGCGGCGAGAGCAUACGGCCUCUCUUGAAAUCAGUGGUCACGUACCCUUCGGCACGUUGGACGCUAGGCUGA